AUGCAUGAAUUUGUUUCACUACCAGCAGGUCUUAAAGAUGAACGAUGGCAAAAUAGUUUCCAUAAUUUUCUAUUUAAAUGUAAUCGAUUUCUUCAUUUCCUACGACAACAAGAACCAAUGACUCAACGUGAUUCAUUUCAGCUUAUAUUCGAGCGAUACCUUGAGAAAGAAGAACAAAUUUUUCAGACUCCUAAUGUGAAUCUAAAUAUGAAUAAACCAAUACGUGAAGGCAAUAGUCAAAAAUUACUUGAAUCGAAUGAAAGACUCACUUCAUCAAGUCUCUCAACAAAUCAAUUAAUUAAUAGCCAUACCACCAAUGAAAUAUAUAAUCUUAUUAAAAUUUCAUCAACAGCUUUAUUGGAAUCUGUCGGCAAUACAAGUUUGAUAGAAUUCUAUGAUCCUGAACAGCAAAAAAGUCCAUUGAUUCCGCAAACAAAUGAACGUACAGUACAAAACUAUCGACGAGCUCUUGGAUUUUAUCCACGAAAACAACAAACCAAAGUCAAAUCAACACAAACUCAAGUCGAAAGACGUCAUUUAUUUGCAGUAGAGCAUCAGAAUAGUGACAUCAAAAAAUGGAUUUUCAUUGAUGAGACACAGAUCCAAUUGCGUAACACAGGUAAAAUCGUUUGGGUGAAACGUGGAGAACUAACACCUACACAUGAAAUCUCUUCUCUUCGUGCGCAUGUCAACUUAUGGGGUGCAGUUUGGUGGAAUGGCAAAACGUUCGCAAGACACGAUGACUAUAUCAAUCAAACCUUAUAUCAACAUUUAUUAGCUUCUCAUCUUGGUCCACAUGUACAUAAAUGUCGUCGGUAUGCAGUGGCUCAAGAUAAAUUAAGAUCACAUUGGGCAAAACUAGUUCGGCAAUGGUUCAAUGAUCAUGGACUCAAAUUAUUGGACUGGCCACCUCAUUCGCCUGAAUUCAACGCAAUUGAAAAUGUUUGGCACUCACUCAAAGAAACAGUCAAGACAGCACAGCUAAAAACUCAAGCGGAACUGGAAGUAGCAGUUGAUCAAGCAUGUCAUCUCAUUUCACAAAAAGUCAUCCAAGGCUGCAUUUCACACGUUUCUACUUUAAUCAAAGAAGAAGCAAGCAACUAA